AUGAUUGGUUUGUUUCUUAUUUCAAUUGCUUUAAUUGGUGUACCAAUGGCUACAAGUAUCUAUGGUUUAAUUAUACCUAAUGGUCUUCUAGGUUUUGCUAUUGGUAUGGUUGAUUCAUCAAUGGUGCCUACAAUGGCUUAUCUUGUUGAUAUACGUCAUGUAUCUGUAUAUGGAAGUGUUUAUGCUAUUGCCGAUGUUGCAUUUUGUCUUGGUUAUGCUAUUGGUCCAGCUUUAAGUGGAUUUAUUGUACAUGCAUUUGGUUUUCGUACUAUGCUUUAUGUUAUUUCAUUUCUAUCUUUAUGCUAUGCACCUCUGAUGUUAUAUCUACGAAAUCCACCAGCAAGAGAAGAAAAAAUGUCAUUAAUUAUGAACGAAAAUCAUAAUUCAUUUUCAUAUAUACGUAGUAAAUCAUUGGAUGAUGAAAAUGGUUAUUGA